CUCAAUCAAGUCAAGCCGAUGCCAUGCAAUGGCGGACGAAUUUCAGCUUCUCACCUGCUGGAUAUACAAGAGAUGGCUUGGAACAGGAAAUGGGCGAUGAGAGUCCCGCUUUUGCAUUCUACUCAAGCAGCAGUAGACAAAGAAAAAGUUUGGAAUUCAGGUUUCAGGAAUCGCCAAGAUGGGCUUCAAACUCAUCUGCUUCUGGUGGGAAUGAACAGAAAACGUCCAUUGUUGAUAGUAUAUCAAGACCAACUAACUCAAAUACUCAAUGCAUAAACGAGGAGAACGGUUUUGAUAGAGACAGUACAGCCAUCUCAACGAGUUUCAGAUCUUUGCUGUCUCUUUCAGAGUCAUCUGCCCCAUGGGAGACUCCAAGUAACCAGUCUUCCAGCCUUACUCACUGCUCUUACCCUCGAGUCUUCUGCAACCCGGUUUCAGUUUGUGAGAAUCCUGAACCCAAUCAUACACAAGAAGAUUCGUCCACAAAUCCUGAUUCCAGUUUCAUAACGUCCACAAGAAACCACCAAGUAGAGGAAGAAGUAUCACCAAACUCGAACAGCAAUGACAUGUUGCUAGAUGUUGAAAGGCCCAAUGAUACAGAAGUCGAAAACCCGAGAUCUGAACCAGGUUCAAUGACACAGCAGAGAUGCGGGAUUUGCAAGAAGCUUUUAUCUCAGAAAUCUCCAUGGAGCUCAUACAAGAUACUGAGAUCAAGAGACAUGCCAGCCGCUGGUGUUUUCCCCUGCCAUCACGUCUACCAUGUUGAGUGUUUAGACAAAGUGACCCCAACAGCUCAAACCCGAGAUCCGUCUUGUCCUGUUUGCUCAAACACCAUUGGAACAAUGGAACAGCCACUGAUAGCACCUGAAACAUUGCAAAUGGCUCUAAGAUCUCUCAGAAGAAGCCGCACAACUUUGGAAUUAGAGACAGUAAGUAUCCCUUGCAAUAACAAUCAAAGAAGACAUAGAAGCCAGAAAUGGGAAAAACUCGGCUGCUGUUUGAAUAUAAGCUUCUCAUCUUCUUCCUAGAAUCCAACAUUACCCGAUUC